CUCAUUUACAGCCCCGUGCUAUCUGCGCUUCGCUCGGUCACAGUGAACUUUGGCAAAGCGCUCUGUGGAUGCUGGCAGGAGUCGCUUCUCUCGGGCGCUGCUGGCACGCGCUGUGGAUGCGAAACAACAGCAAGGUGGCUGUUUGAGGAUGAAGCCAGGCGCUACUGGGAAAGACAGUCGUGUUUAAAAAUCUAACGCGAACUUAUGUGUGACGUACCGUGGAUUUACAGUGUCUAAAACAUCCUGUAAUGAAAUAUGGAAGCGAGGAAGAACUCCACAUACCCCCUUAGUUUGGGAUAAACUCAUGUGCCAUAGGAUAUUAGUAUGACAGAGCUGGAAAAAUGCCAGUUUAGCUCUGCAUGAAGUUUGGAGUUGUCAAAACCAUAUAUGUGGAUAUAUGUGGCGGAAUAUAGCCUACCUGAACAAGACAUCAUGGCAGAACUUUAUAAGAAGAGAUAAUCAUUAUUUGGGUGGAUUGAGAGGGGUACAGGGGCUAUGGUGAACUCAUCCCCAGCGGUCGCUGCUCAUGCAGAAGGAGAAGAGAUCGAGGUGCUAGAGAGCACUGAUGUCCUUCCUGUAGCUCCAGAGGACCAAUGGAAGUCUCUUUUUGACAAGUAUGACCCAGAGAAUUCAGGCUUCAUCAGUACUGAGCGUUUCCGAGACCUUCUUGCGGCUCAUGGAUCAGAACUGGAUCCCCACAAGCUGGAGGUUCUUCUUGCACUGGCUGACGGAAAUGCUGAUGGAAAGAUCUGCUACCAGGAUUUUGUUAACCUGGUGAGUUCUGCAGAUGAACUUGAGAUGAGCAACAAGCGCUCGAACAGUUUCCGUCGAGCGAUCCUGCAGGGGAGUCGGCAGCUCAGGAAUUCCGCACUGAGAGAGGAAGUGGGCUUGGGUCUGUCUCGGAGACUUGUGCGUCACGUUGCCUAUGAGACUUUGCCAAGAGAGGUGGACCGCAAGUGGUACUUUGACAGUUACACCUACUGUCCACCACCAUGGCUUAUGCUGGCCAUCACUAUAGCAGAGGUUGUUGUCUUUAUGUAUUACGGAUUCCAACUUAACCGCUGGGUUCUGCAAGUCUCAUCACCAUACUUCCUGAAGGGCCCAUUGCCAUACCACCCGCAGCUCAGAGCUCAGGCCUGGCGCUACCUUAGCUACAUCUUCAUGCAUGCAGGAAUUGAACACCUGGGUCUAAAUAUGGCCAUGCAACUUUUGGUGGGUGUGCCAUUAGAGAUGGUCCACGGAGCUUUGAGAAUCGGCCUGGUGUAUGUGUGUGGCGUACUGGCAGGUUCGUUGGCAGUGUCAGUGACGGACAUGACAGCACCUGUGGUCGGUUCAUCAGGUGGAGUCUACGCACUGGUCUCCGCCCACCUUGCCAACGUCGUCAUGAACUGGUCAGGGAUGAAGUGUCAGUUCAAGCUCUUUCGCAUGGCAAUGGCUCUGGUGUGCAUGAGUGUGGAGUUUGGUCGUGCCGUCUGGCUUCGAUUCUAUCCCCCAGCCUUCCCACCAUGCCCUAAUCCCAGCUUUGUGGCCCAUCUGGGGGGUGUGGCAGUGGGCCUCACCCUUGGCGUUGUGGUUCUUCAGAACUAUGAACAGCGUUUGCAGGAACAGUCCUUGUUCUGGAUCUUCUUCAGUGUCUACACACUCUUUAUCCUCUGUGGAAUCUUCUGGAACAUUUUUGCUUACAGUCUCUUGGAUGUCAAGUUACCCCCACCUCCAUGAAUCCCAGAGUGUGUGUUUGUGUGUGCGAAAUGACAGGCAAUAUAAUUUAACAGUUGUAAAGGUCAUAAAUGAGAAACAAAUGCUAAGUACCUUACUGCAGUCCUCCUGCAAUUUUGCAGUUUGUGUUAGUGCCUAAACCAUGCCAAGUCAUCAAAGCAGCUAAAACAGCAGAUUCCGAUUUUUAAGCAAUGUUGAAUGUAAAUUUGCAGGAGAAGCCCAAAGGUUGAUGCUUUUUACAGCUACAUACUUUGUGCCAGCCAUCGAGGGCUAUCAGCGAUAGCACAAGUGUUCAUUUCAAAAUAAAACUGGGGUUUAGUAGCUGCUGCUGGCUUGUUAGCUUUUCAAGGUGCCAGGUAAAAUCGUUUUCACUUGUUGAAGGAAUGAAUAUAUUCCUUUAAAGCACAGAAUCUGAGGUUGCAUGAGGAAAGACAAAUAUCAGUAUUUUAUGAGGACAUUUUAGUAAGUGUUCUAUAUUUUUAUAAACAACUAAAGAUAAGUACAUGAGGUAGUAUGAGAGCACUGUUACAGCUCAUUGUGUGUGAAGGACCUUUAAAAGAUAUUUAAGAGUUACCGAAGUAGCAAGGGAACAGCUAGAUUAACUUCUCUAUAUCUUUCAAACAAUGUCUUAUUUUCUGAUAAAUGUUUCAAUGUUAAAAGGUCGGUUUAAAAUAACUGCAAUCCCUUACCAUUCUCAGUGGCGGUCUGCAACAGAAUUCCCCGUUUUUUAAAAUGUAAAUUAAUAUUAAUCUAAUUAAUAAAGGAUUAUAUUAUAUUAUUUUACUGAUAAUCAUGUGGACCACAAAACCAGUCUUAAGUCGCACAGGUAUAUUUGUAGCAAUAGCCAACAAUACAUUGUAUGGGUAAAAAUGAUCCAUUUUUCUUUUAUGCCAAAAAUCAUUAGGAUAUUAAGUAAAGAUAUUUUGUAAAUUUCCUUCAAUAAAUAUACCAAAACUUAAUUUUUGAUUACUAAUAUGCAUCGCUAAAGACUUUAUUUGGACAACUUUAAAGGUGAUUUCCUCAAUAUUUAGAUUUUUUUUGCACCCUCAGAUUCCAAAUUAUCAAAUAGUUGUAUCUCAGCCAAAUAUUGUCCUAUCCUAACAAACCUUAUCAAUAGAAAGCUUAUUCAUUCAGAUUUCAGAUGAUAUAUAAAUCUCAGUUUCAAAAAAUUGACCCUUAUGAUUGGUUUUGUGGUCCAAGGUCACAUAUAUAAAAACAUUAGUAAUUGGGCUAACUCGAUAAUUAAUGACAACUUAUAAUCUUUUUGAUUGGAGUUUGGACUUUCAUUUUUAGGUUGUGUUUGAAAGUCUGUAACCUAUGGCUUUAAGCACAGCUUUCAUGAUGUACUAAAAUAAUACUGUAAGCUAAUUAACUUUAAUAGUUACCUCAUUUAUGCCAAAGGAAGUCAAAUUAAUUAAUUUUUUCUCCCUUUUUCUCAGCUACAUUGCAUUAUUUGAAUAUCCGUUCUAUCAAUUUACUAAUCAGUAGAGCAUUCACACUGAGACACUGGUAUUCAUUUAGUCACUGAAGCUCCUCUGACAGACCAACACUGUUCAUUUUUUUUGUUGUUGUUGUUGUUGUUGUUGUUGUUGCUAUCAAGAAAUGUGAUUGGAAGUACCACAUAUUGCACACUUGAUUAGAUUUAUUGAAUCAUAUUUGUUUGUAUAUUUGAAUCAUGUGUUAGUGGAAUGGACAGCACUACCGAGGAGUCAUCAGAACUCAGUUUCAAAUCAUUGAUCAGCUGAAUAAUAACAAAAAACAAGUAAUUUACUUCUAUACAUGCUACAAAUAACUAAACUGAUCUGUUCUGCUGUUUAAUAUAUAAUAUGUAUUGCAGUAGUUUUUGAAUGAAUUGUGAUUGUGUGACAUCUACUGUACCUCAAAUACUGUAAGUGGUCUAUGUUAUGAAUUUCUAUUGGUGCUGUAGUUUUGGACAGGUUGCUGAAUGUCUGUGCCUCUAGUAACUGGUUAGCUCCUCUCAAUUCUGUGCACAGUCAUUCUUUACAGCAAAACUGAUCCUGGUACAGCUUUGUGUGUACUUUUGAGUAUCUUCUGCCUGUAGUGUGUGUGUGUGUGUGUUUACGCGUUUUUGUGACAAAUGAGGACAUAAAUUUAUAUAAUGACAUGGGUAUGACAUAGGUAUUACAAGGAGAAGGUGAUUUAUGAGGACAUUUCCCCAUAUCGCCAUUUUUCAAAAGGCUUAUAAAUCAUACAGAAUGAGUUUUUAAAGUAAAAAUGCAGAAAGGUUCCUAUAAGGGGUAUGGUUGGUGUAAAGCGAUAAAAAGUAUAAAAAUCAUUACACCUAUGGAAUGUCCCCACAACUCACAAAAACAAAUGUGUGUAUGUGUGUGUUGCCACUGAUUCUCGAACUAAGAGGAAAAAAGGAAACUCUAAAUAAAGUCCACAACUUCUGAAAAUUAUUGAAUUCAGUACUUCAGUCCCAGUUUAUACUAGUACUCUGAGAACAACUGGAUCUGCUUUAACAGUGUGUUCAAGCUACUUUUGAAGUGCCAGUAUACUUUUUGUUUUGCAUUGUGCUGACUUGACUGUAUCAAAAUGUAAUGCUGGGAUGAAAGUAACCUGGGAUUGUGUGUAAAGGGCUAUGGCACUGGAAAUAAUGAGUUCACCAAGUAUAUUUUAACAUGCACCUAUUUUGUAGAUUUGAUAUGUAAAUAUAGAGUGCAUUAAAAAUCUGUGAUUGGAA